AUGAAAUAUUACAUUCUUCCUUUCGCGUUAUUUAACAUAAUACUUCUCGCCUAUGCUCAGGAUAAGAUUACCUGCGAGCAGCAAUUUAGUCUACAGGGAACUAAAUGUACGCCUUGUCAACAAACACUUCAUAAAUAUCCAUUUGUUGAUUUAAAUUCCUUCAUAAAUAAACAACCACCAUCUGACAAAUGCUUGGUCGCUUCAAUUUUUCAAUAUCACUUAACUGAAGGAAAUGCUGCUUCCACGCCAAAUGAUUUAUUGGAUCCGGUAAACGUAAAGAAUGCUUUAGACAAAACUUGUGCUGAUACCGCAAAUAAUGCUUGUAGCGAAGAUUAUGUUGAAAGAGUUUAUACUGAAAUCGAUAAAACUUGUGAUGCGGAAUUAAAUAAAAAUUUCAACGGGACACCUGAUCCUAUUGGAUCAACAGCUUUUGCGACUUUGAUUAUAUUCUAUGCUUCUAUACCUACGAGAACUUAUUUCUGUACUAAAAUUGAUGAAUAUUGUUACAGCAAAUUUUUGAAGGCAGCAAAUACAACACAAACUCAACCCCAAGGGCAAAGCCAAGAUCUUGAUCCUUUUUUUGGUGUUACAUGUGAUGAUUGUUCCCGACAAGCUCGCGAUAAAUUCAAAGAAUUUCAAGCAUCACACCCUCUUAAUACUCCCAAUUUACAAAAAGCCUUUGCUAAUGUUACCAAAUCUCAAGAUGAAUUUGAUGCAAAAUGUGGUAAAUCAAGCGCUAAUUCAAGCUCUAAAUCAAAUGGACAUCGAAUUAUAAAUGAUUUUAGUAAAUGCUCUGGAAUUUUAAUGGGAUUAGUUGCAUUCUUUUAUAUGAACUUCUUGUAA